GAGAGGAGCGGCGGGGACCGGCACGGCGGGGACCGGCACGGCGGGGACCGGCACGGAGGGGAGCGCAGAGGAGCGGCCGGUCCGUCCUGCCGAGGUGGGAGCAGCGGGAGCCGACCAUGGCCCUGGCAGACCCCGCGGGCUGUGCCAAAGGCAGCGAGGACAACAACCCCUUCCCUGACAUCAUCGAGCUGAACGUGGGGGGACAGGUGUACAUCACCCGGCACCCCACGCUGGUCAGCGUGCCCGGCUCGCUGCUCUGGGAGAUGUUCACCCAGAAGAACGUGCGCUCGCUGGCCCGCGACAGCAAGGGCCGCUUCUUCGUGGACCGGGACGGGUUCCUGUUCCGCUACAUCCUGGAUUACAUGAGGGACCAGCAGCUGGUGCUGCCCGAGCACUUCCCGGAGCGUGGCCGCCUGCAGCGCGAGGCCGAGUACUUCAUGCUGCCGGAGCUGGUGAAGCUGCUGGCGCCCAAGCUCAGCGAGCAGAACUCCCUGGGGGACGAUCCCUGCCAGAGUGACCCCGAGGAGCUGUCCCCUGAUGCUGCCCGUGGCCUGGCCUCGGCCGCCGCCGCGCUGCCCAGCGCCGCGUCCGGCGGUGCCGGCACCGAGGGCCGCAGGGCGGGGUUCAUCACCAUCGGCUACCGCGGCUCCUACACGCUGGGCAGGGACAGCCAGACGGACGCCAAGUUCCGCAGGGUGGCCCGGAUCAUGGUGUGCGGCAAGACCUCGCUGGCCAAGGAGGUCUUUGGGGACACCUUGAACGAGAGCAGGGACCCGGACAGGCCCCCGGAGAGGUACACGUCCAGGUACUACCUCAAAUUCACCUUCCUGGAGCAAGCCUUUGACAAACUGGCCGAUGCCGGCUUCCACAUGGUGGCCUGCAACUCCACGGGCACCUGUGCCUUCGCCCACGAGCAGACGGACGACAGGAUCUGGACCUCUUACACCGAAUAUGUUUUCUACCGUGAGUGACACAAAACCAACCCUCCGCCAACCAACCACCGAUUGUCCCUUUCCUGUCCCGUGCUGGCUGUGGCCUAGAAGGUAGAGAUCCGUCCCCGAAUCCCGGCGUCCUCCCUUUGCCUCCUUUUCAGUUGGUUCUUGGGUUUUUUCCCUCCUCCCUGCUCCACGCUGAACCUGCCCGGCUCUUCCUUGUAGCGGCUGCUGACCACCAACCUUCCUCCCUCUCUCUGACUUCUGGCAACUCCCAGCCCUCCCUGGAUGUGCGGACUCGGACACUGCUGCGGACGUGGGAUGGGUGGGAGGGGUGGGACACUCCGGACGCUGCUCCGGGCUGGCGUUCCUGCAGCUGGAUGGGCUUGGACACUGGACUGGGCUCUCCAUGGGAUCAUCCCGCACGCACUGGGACCUGCCAAGGGGGUUGGGAGAGGAAUCACUGGGAUAAGGACAUGGGGAAGGUGGGAAGCAGAGCCGGGGAGGGGGUGGGGGUUGGAAAGUCGCAGCCUGGCAGCGCGGCUGGAUUGGCAGGAGCCCCGUAAGCAGCUUAGCCUGAGACUGGCAGCGCUUGGGAAGGGGAGAGGCUCCCCCUGUGCUCACAGCUCCGAGCUGAGACAUCCCCGCUGCUCCGGGAUGCCUCGGGGGGGGAUUUCGG